GUUCAAGUUCCAUGGAUGGCGAGGCGUUCUGUGAUCCGUUCAUCCCUGCUGUCCCCUCCCAGUUACUAUGAAGCAGUACAUGAUGGACGUGGACCUACAAGUCCUGAGUAUCCUUUCUUUAGUGGCUGGUACCACUAUAUGGGUCAGGAACCUCUUUCAUACAAGCGACGUGGCGGCAUUGUGGAUCAACGUGAUGUCAUCAUGGCCCAUCAGGCCCACAAAAUCCAAAACACACCACAGGCAAAGCGGAAGGAGUGGGAGAUGGCUCGGUUUGGAGAUGAGGUGCCAGCCCGCUAUGGGGCAGGAGGUUCAGGGGCAGCUGGUGCUGGAACAGCAGGCGGCGGAGGUGGCCGGGGUGCUGGGGGCGUUCGGCAAGGUGGUCCCCCAGGGGCCCAGAGGAUAUAUAAACAAUCGAUGGCCCAGCGAGCCCGUACCAUGGCACUCUACAACCCCAUUCCUGUUCGGCAGAACUGUCUGACUCUCAACCGCUCCCUCUUCCUCUUCAGCGAAGACAACGUGGUGAGGAAAUACGCCAAAAAGAUCACCGAAUGGCCAUAUCCUUUCUAUGGGGGAGGGGGAGAAACUGUUCAGUACCAAUACUUAGGCCGCAGUAAUUACUUACACUUGAGAAAGGGCAAUAGCUAA